AUGGCCCUUGUCGUCAUCGCCGGCGGCUGCGGUUUCACUGCGGCGCACACCAUCUACCUCGCUGGCGGCAAUGUUGUCGUUCUCGACAAGCAGGGCUUCUUCGGAGGCAACUCCACAAAGGCCACUUCCGGCAUCAACGGUGCUUUGACGAGGACACAGGUCGAUGCCGGCGUCGCCGACAGCGUCAAGCAGUUCUACGACGACACCCUCAAGUCCGCUCGUGAUAAGGCUCGUCCCGACCUCAUCAAGGUCCUCACCUACAAGUCCGCUGCUGCCGUUGAGUGGCUCCAGGAUGUUUUCAACCUCGAUCUCACUCUCGUCUCCCGUCUCGGUGGCCACUCCCAGCCCCGAACCCACCGUGGCCACGAUGCCAAGUUCCCCGGCAUGGCCAUCACUUACGCCCUGAUGCAGAGGCUCGAGGAGCUCGCCGAGACCGAGCCCACUCGCGUUCAAAUCAUCAAGAAGGCCCGCGUCGUCAGCCUUAACAAGGACGGCAACACCAUCACCGGUGUGAAGUACGAGCACAACGGCGAGGAGCAGGACCUCGAUGGCCCCGUCGUCCUGGCUACCGGUGGUUAUGCUGCCGAUUUCACCGAUUCAUCGCUGCUGAAGCAGCACAGGCCAGACACCUUCGGCCUCGCUACCACCAACGGCUCCCACGCCACUGGUGACGGCCAGAAGAUGGUCAUGGCUAUUGGCGGCAACGGCAUCGACAUGGACAAGGUUCAGGUUCACCCCACCGGUCUCGUCGAUCCCAAGGACCCUGGCUCCAAGUGGAAGUUCCUCGCUGCCGAGGCUCUGCGUGGUGAGGGUGGCCUGCUGCUCAACGCUGACGGCGACCGUUUCUGCGAUGAGCUCGGUCACCGUGACUACGUCUCCGGCAUGAUGUGGAAGGAGAAGGAGAAGAACAAGUUCCCCAUCCGCCUCAUCCUCAACUCCAAGGCCUCCAACACUCUUGACUUCCACACCCGCCACUACUCUGGCCGUGGUCUGAUGAAGAAGAUGACUGGCGAGGAGCUGGCCAAGGAGAUCGGCUGCAAGCCUGAGCACCUCCAGAAGACCUUCCAGACCUACAACGCCAUUGCGGAUGGCAAGCAGAAGGACCCUUGGGGCAAGAAGUUCUUCCACAACCUGCCCGUUGACAUCAAUGAUGACUUCCACGUCGCUGUCAUGGAGCCCGUGCUUCACUUCACCAUGGGCGGUAUCGAGAUCAACGACAAGGCUCAGGUCCUCAACCAGGAGCAGAAGCCCUUCGAUGGUCUGUUCGCCUGUGGUGAGCUUGCCGGUGGUGUCCACGGUGCCAACCGUCUCGGUGGAUCCUCCCUUUUGGGCUGUGUAGUCUACGGCCGUGUUGCCGGCGACACCGCCAGCAACUACCUCUUCCAGAAGGCCCUUACCGGUGCCACUGGCGCCUCUGCUCGUAUGGGCCAGAUCUCCCUGCACCUUGACCCCUCUCAGCCUGGCCGCGUGACGGUUGAGUGGGCGAACGGUGGCGUCUCUGGCUCCUCGGGCGACGUCCCCCAGCAGCAGACUACCGCCGCCGCUGGCCCUUCUCCUACCGGCGACGCCCAAAAGGCUGGUAAGUCCAAGGAGUUCUCUAUUCCCGAAAAGGAGUUCACCAUGGAGGAGAUUGCUAAGCACAACACCAAGGAUGAUCUUUGGGUCGUCGUCAAGGGUGUCGUCAUGGACCUGUCCAACUGGCUCGAGGAGCACCCCGGUGGCCCCCAGGCCAUCAUGAACUUCAUGGGCCGUGACGCUACUGAGGAGUUUGAGAUGCUGCACGACGACGAGGUCAUCCCCAAGUACGCGCCGGAGCAGGUUAUUGGCCGUGUCAAGGGCGUUGAGCCAACGCUGGAGCUGUAA